CAAAAAAUAGCAGCGAAAACUAAAUGGUGAAAUCACCAAGUUCGAAAUGUUUCCAUCUCGGAAAUGGCAUUGUUUUACGAGGGAUCCAAUUAUUGUACUUGUGCAGUUUUUGUUUGUUAUCCCACAUGCAGUCAACAUAAGUAUGGAACAUAUAUAAUGAAGGAAUGGUUCUGGAUGAUAUGAAACGGCUAUGAAAGCCACGGCUGUUUCAAAAGCUUGCCAAAAAGGCCCCUUCGUUGUUGUUUCUUCUGAACCAUUAUGGUCGGGAAAAACACGACAUAGGCCAAUCCAGUCACGCUAUCAGUUCUAUCACGGGGGACCUCUUCAAUGGCAAAAGCAGUGUGCAAGCUAGUGGCUAAGCAGAUGCUUUGCUCAAUAGCGUACACAAUGGUUUCUCCAUUGAAGAGGGCCUCCAUGCUCUGAGUGAACGUGCAAUACACACUUCUGGAAUUUCUGGGGUUGAUGUAAUUGAUACAUGCAACGGCCGUCUAGUUAUGUCCCAAGACGUUUCUAGGCGGGGGAAGGAGCACAUGGACGGAAGGUGACUCAGAAUCACUGGGACGUCAGCGGGUUGUGACGAGAGGCCACAGGGGGUACACAGCUGACCUCACACAGGAAGCAAGCAGUUCAAGUCGGACCUCGACACUGUUCAAGUAUAAGCAGUUUCCGUGUUUAGCAUGGGCGCACGCGGAGUCAUGGACAGAACAGCGAGUCAUGUUUUUUUUUAGCAGAGUUUACUGAAAUGUUUUGAUUUGACUUUUCUUCCAGUUUGGGAGAUCGUGAAUUGAGUGAGUCUCGAGUUGGAUUAUACACAAGAACUUUCGAUGGAGCGAACUAGUUCACCAUUCGGCCGACUUGGCAGGAGGGUAAUACAGUGUUGUUCAUAUGUUUUGUUGUCAUUUCUGUGUGGAAUUUACUCGUCAUGCACGGCGCAGUACACUUCAGAUCCGUUCGCGGUGAGCCCACAGGACACUGUCGCUGCUCGGGGACAAACCGUGGUGCUCCGGUGUGCGUUACGUCCAGACAUGGCGGGUGCUAUCGUUCUCUGGAGCCACUUCGAUCCUACAACAACUCUCAGUUUCAACGGCAUGCUUGACGCGCAGAUUAAUAGCGAGUUGCGUGACCGGGUGACGGUGAUAGGGAAGCGGAGCUCCGGUGAAUUCAACCUGAGGAUCAGCAACUUGCGCGAGACGGACACGGGCAGAUACGAGUGCCGCGCCCUGAUUGGGCUGAUGAACAUCGUCCGACGGUCGGCAACCUUAACGGUGGUCGUGCCACCGGAUCCCGGGUACCCACAGUGCAGCAUGCAGCCCCCGUCUGGCCUCAUACCCGGCCAGAUGGUGAUACUAACGUGCCACACCCGGGGAGGCAAGCCCCCUCCAAAAUUGAACUGGCACCGCGGGCCCCAUCAGAUUGGCACGCCCACCACUACUACCAACGUUCAGAGGUACACCAUGAGACCGGUGGACUACGGGGUGGUGUUCGAAUGCCGGGAGAACGGGAUGGCCCUACCACUGGAGCGGUCCUGUACGCUCGUACCGCUACCCACGUAUCUCACCGUGGACAUCACUCCCCGAGACCCUGUGAUUAAGGUGGGGGAGUCAGAAACCUUCGGUUGCAACGCUCAAGGAGCUCUGAUCAUAACAUAUUCGUGGUAUAUCAACAGGAUACCCCUGGUCAUGUCCCCGCUAAUAGAGCGAUUCGUUCUAGGUGGUGCAGACCAGCUAAUCUCCGUUUACAAUGCUGUACUCUCUUUGGACGACACUGUGAUAACGUGUGUGGCAACGGCCAAUACGGGACAGGUUACCAAUGCAAGUUCAAUCCUCAACGUAGUGCCGAGACAGUCCACACCGACAACAUGGCCCGAUGUCACCGCAGUUGUCCCAUCAACCACCAGACCGUUGUUCGGUACGCUGUCUCCUUCCGCGGGUACAGAUGGACCUGCGAUUCCGGGUGGCCCCAGUAACCCACGGCCUGGUCGACCAGGCAGACCCAACCGACCCGGGGGUAACCCUGGCCGCCCAGGUCAUGAUAGACCAGAGUACGGGGACCAGGACGAGGACUCGAGAGAAGAUGACAGCGGAGACGACUUGACCAAUUUCGAUCGUAACAACGAUGACAGAGAGCGGGAGAACCUAGCAGGAAGCAUGCCUUAUAAAACAGUCACAGUUAUCGGGGCAGCAAUGGCCGGACUGGUCAUCAGCGUAGUCAUCGUUGCCACGAUCCGGCUCAUGACCCGUGUGAGGCCGGGCACCAAGGACGCCUUGAUCACAAUCAGUGGCAGUAGUGACUCCGAUGAGAUCGAGCCCAACUCACUGUCCACCAACAAUCGCAAUACCUUCAGCAGCAUGCGUUCUACGAUCAGCUGCGACUUCGGCGAUCCCAAGCGCAUCACAUUCAGUGACCUGAACCGCGAGUACGACCUACCGCCGUUUGAGCCAGACGACAGCCUAAGCUACCUGGGCCUCCGUCCGGAGAGUAUGAUAUCCACCCGCUACACGUAUGAGGGCCUGCACUCAUCGGAUAUGUCUACGUCUAUCGACCAGGCACGGAGCGUCAGAUACUACGAAAUCUCCUCUGGCGAAUACGACCACUCCAUGGAAUACGAGGAUGUAGUGUCUGAGCAGAACAGUAUGUCGGAAAGCGGGCUUCGGCCACUGUCCAUCUUGACCGAUGAAGGUCUUCAUCCGCAUAGCGUUAAUCUCCCAGUGCCUGGAUACAACUCGCGUAUUUCGAUAAGCAAUAGGGGUCAUUUGCUAUAAGGAUAUCAGGCGUUAUUGUGCCUUUAAUAAAAGGCAAAUUUAAAAUGCAUUGUAGUGGGUAAACUUAUGAGAAAUCGUGAAGUAUAUCCCAUUUUCGAUUAAACUUAUAACUUCAAUCUGAAAAUUGUACUGAAGUUGAGCCUUAACAAAAAUAAUUUAAAGCAUAUACCGUAGUUCUUUAAUAUGAUGUUUCAUUUUUUUUUUUCAUUCAAAAUAAUGCACAGGUGACAAUAAAGAACUAUCAUCUUGGCGGAAUUUGUAGAAAGAUAUAUUGCUGCAAUUAUAAUCAUAUUUGAUGUCUGAACCAAGGGCAGUUUAUCAAAUCUUGGCCUCGGCGAUGGACCUUUUCCAAAAUCAAACUUCAUUUUUGAGACUUCACUGUUUGAAGUAAAAUGAAGAACUGGAGUAUCCGACAGUUAGGCUACAAGGCAAAAAAGUUAACAAAACUGGUGCCAUCGCAUGAGUUAAGGUUUGGGAAAUUGCCAAUGAGUCCGGGUGCGUAUACGUGGCGUAACAUAGGCUGGCACCUAUGACGUCAUGCAUGCCUGACUUCCGCAGCAGUUCUUCAUAAUGAUUUGGCUGUCUUCAAGGACAAAGAAACAUAUUUAGGCUGCGGUGUUUUUGAAACGGGACGUGAUGUAAAAGAUUGUCCUCGAUUUACAAAAUGUGAUAAUUCAGCACAGGAAAAAGUACCCAAGAGUGUCAGUCAUCAUUUGAGGAAAACUGAGAAAAAUUGAAAUUCGUAAUGUGUAUACAUGUAUUUAUCAUAUUGGCUAAAAACAGCCGUGUGCCUAUCCAGAGUCAUAUCACAACAUGACUCUUCAGGCUCUGCGGAAUAUCAUGAGCACAAACUUGGAUGACUUGCUGCCCACAGGAUUAUCCAAAUCAGAGCCUUGUCAGAUGGUAUAAGCUCGCUGCCAGACAACAAACCAUUGGCAAAUAACAUUCGGGCAACAACAUUCGAGAGGGGAGAGAGAGAGAAAGUAUAUUUAGUAUCGUGGAUGAAAUUUUGUGUACAUGCUUUUAUGAUGCACUUUAAAAUGAUACAUUGUAAAAACAGGGCGCAUCACUUGGUGAAAGAUUCCCACUUUUGAAUACAGGCUCCGUGCAAAACUAUCGUACGCCCUCAGUGGCGAAACUACGAAAGUUACUCUUAGUUGAGGGCGCUUCAGCGCGAACCGUUCACGUGGGAAUAAAGUGUAUAGGGCGUGUCCAAAUCCCUUACUGUGGGGCAAUUAUCAAGGAGUGCGUUCGAUUACUUCCCCCAGCUUACUCGUGCCUGCGUGAUGACAGACAUGCGCAGUUGAGCUAAAUAAACGAACGGUUUAGGGUAAAGUUUCGUGCAAGAGCUGGAAAGUUGAACUUUGACAUGACACUGAGGCUGCAUCCGAAUCAACUGUCUAGAGCUAGGUCAAGGUCCGCGCCCAUUGAAAAUACGCGGGGACGGGCUGACAAAAGACGUAACUGUAGCUCUGGAAGCACACGGCCUGAGGCGCCCGCCGGACGUCACGUUGGCAGCCAUGUUUAUUGCAUGGCUUUAUGGGAUACUUACCCAACCUACCGGCUCGGCGAGUCGGUUACUUGAGCCAGGCUCGAGUAAGCGCGAGAAGUCACGUGAGAGGUAAAUCGAACGCUGUCGCGCUUGCACGAGUAAGCGCGGGGAAAGUAAUCGAACACACUCUUUGACAACUGCAACUACAUUAGAGCUGAUGAUAACAGAUGCAGUCGUUGCUCUGGGCGACGAUUGGACACGCACUACUGCUUACGGACAAACAAGUGCACACACAAAGAUAGGCAAAGUCUUAAAAACUUUGCUCCUAUUUUAAACGAGCUUAAGUUAUAAGUCAUUUCCCAUCUUUAACCUACAUGUAGCUAAAAGAGGUGAGGCCAUGAGCUGGUAAUGCUGCGUUUAUAUGAAGUUGAGAUUGUUAAAUUUAUACGAAAACGAUUGUUAAAAACACUGAACGCUGGUCGUUUCACCAUGAUGUAAAUGGAUAUUUGGGGAAUAUAACUAAAUCAGCUGCUGUGAUAAUUUGUAAAUUUUGAAGACAUAUUAAUCUUGAUUAAAGUUUCAGUUAUACCGUAUUGUAAAAUUGUUCCGACUCGUAUCAAUAUAG